AUGAGUAAAAAUAAUGUGACUGAGUUAAUUAUCGUCGGUCUUUUCCAGGACCCAGAGGUGCAGAAAGUGUGUUUUGUGUUGUUUCUUCCUGUGUACCUGGCCACGGUGGUGGGCAAUGGCCUUAUUGUUGUGACAGUCAACCUCAGCAAGACUCUAAAUUCUCCCAUGUACUUCUUCCUUAACUACCUGUCCUUGGUGGAGAUCAUUUACGCUUCUACUGUUGUUCCUAAAUUCAUCACAGACUUACUUGCUAAGAUCAAAACCAUCUCCCUGGAGGGCUGUCUGACUCAGAUAUUCUUUUUCCACUUCUUUGGAGUUACUGAGAUCUUCCUGCUCACAGUAAUGGCCUAUGACCGCUAUGUAGCCAUCUGCAAACCCCUCCACUAUACAACCAUUAUGAGUAGAUCUGUGUGUCGCCUUCUGGUGGCCAGCUCCUGGCUGGGUGGUUUGGUUCACUCUAUGGUUCAGAUUUGUAUUGCUGUCCAAUUACCGUUCUGUGGUCCCAAUGUGAUUGACCACUAUUUCUGUGAUCUCCAGCCAUUGUUCAAGAUUGCCUGCACUGAUACCUCUGUGGAGGACAUUAUUGUGUUUGCCAACAGUGGAUUAUUUUCCAUCUUCUCCUUUCUCCUCUUGGUGACCUCCUACAUUGUCAUCUUGGUCAACUUGAGGAACCACUCUGCUGAAGGGAGGCGCAAAGCCCUCUCCACCUGUGCCUCUCACAUCAUGGUGGUCAUCUUGUUCUUUGGACCUGCCAUCUUCCUCUACAUGAGGCCCUCUGCCACCUCCACUGAGGACAAGCUGAUGGCUGUGUUCUACACAGUCAUCACCCCCAUGCUGAACCCCAUCAUUUACACACUCAGAAACAAAGAGGUGAAAGUUGCGAUGAAGAGGUUGUGGUGUAAAAAGGUGUUUUCAGGGGAGUAA